UGCCUGGCGGCGCGGUGGGUAUCCCGGGGCCGACUAGGGCCCCUGACUCGGUUUCGCGCGGCGACAUGGACCGGAUGGCCAGUUCCAUGAAGCAGGUACCCAACCCGCUGCCCAAGGUGCUGAGCCGGCGCGGGGUCGGCACGGGAUUGGAGGCAGCUGAGCGCGAGAGCUUCGAGCGGACUCAGACUGUCAGCAUCAAUAAGGCCAUUAAUACGCAGGAAGUGGCUGUGAAGGAAAAACAUGCCAGAACAUGCAUACUGGGCACCCACCAUGAGAAAGGGGCUCAGACCUUCUGGUCUGUGGUCAACCGGCUGCCACUCUCCAGUAAUGCAGUGCUCUGCUGGAAGUUCUGCCACGUGUUUCACAAACUCCUUCGUGAUGGACACCCCAACGUCCUGAAGGACUCUCUGAGAUACAGGAAUGAUUUGAGUGACAUGAGCAGGAUGUGGGGGCACCUGAGUGAGGGGUAUGGCCAGCUUUGCAGCAUCUACCUCAAACUGCUGAGAACGAAGAUGGAGUACCACACCAAAAAUCCCAGGUUCCCAGGCAACCUACAGAUGAGUGACCGACAGCUGGAUGAGGCAGGAGAAAGUGAUGUUAACAACUUUUUCCAGUUAACAGUAGAGAUGUUUGACUACCUGGAGUGUGAACUAAACCUCUUCCAAACUGUGUUCAACUCCUUGGACAUGUCACGCUCCGUGUCGGUGACAACAGCUGGGCAAUGCCGCCUAGCACCACUGAUCCAAGUCAUAUUGGACUGCAGCCACCUCUAUGACUACACUGUCAAGCUUCUCUUCAAACUCCACUCCUGCCUCCCAGCUGACACCUUGCAAGGCCACCGGGACCGCUUCAUGGAGCAGUUUACAAAGCUGAAAGAUCUGUUCUACCGCUCCAGCAACCUACAGUACUUCAAGCGGCUCAUUCAGAUCCCCCAGCUGCCUGAGAACCCACCCAACUUCCUGCGAGCCUCAGCCCUGUCAGAGCACAUUAGCCCUGUGGUGGUCAUCCCAGUGGAAGCCUCAUCACCUGACAGCGAGCCAGUCUUAGAGAAGGAUGACCUCAUGGAUAUGGAUGCCUCCCAGCAGAAUUUAUUUGACAACAAGUUUGAUGACAUCUUUGGCAGCUCGUUCAGCAGUGACCCCUUCAAUUUCAACAGUCAGAAUGGUGUCAACAGAGAUGAGAAGGACCACUUAAUUGAGCAGCUGUACAGAGAGAUCAGUAUGCUGAAAGCGCAGCUGGAAAACAUGAAGACUGAGGGCCAGCGGGCUGUGUUGCAGCUGAAGGGCCGCAUCAGCGAACUGGAUGCCGAGCUGGCAGAGCAGCGGCACCUACGGCAGCAAGCAGCCGACGACUGCGAGUUCCUCCGGGCAGAGCUGGACGAGCUGCGCAGGCAGCGGGAGGACACCGAAAAAGCUCAGCGGAGCCUGACAGAGAUAGAGAGGAAGGCCCAGGCCAAUGAACAGCGGUACAGCAAGCUAAAGGAGAAGUACAGUGAGCUCGUUCAGAACCACGCUGACCUGCUGCGGAAGAAUGCAGAGGUGACCAGACAGGUGUCUGUGGCCAGACAAACCCAGAUAGAUUUGGAACGAGAGAAGAAAGAGCUUGAGGACACCUUGGAGCGUAUCAGUGAGCAGGGCCAGCGGAAGACUCAAGAACAGCUGGAAGUUCUAGAGAGUUUGAAGCAAGAACUUAACACCAGUAAAGUAGAGCUCCAGGUCCUCCAAAGCAGCCUAGAAACUUCAGCCCAGUCAGAAGUAAAAUGGGCAACCCAGAUCGCUGACCUGGAGAAGGAGCGGGCCAACCUGGUGAGUGCUGCAGCUUCUCGCGAGAAGGAAUUAUCUGCCCUCCAGGAACAGCUAAAGCACACCCAACUCAAACUGGCCAGCUCACAGGAGUCAGUAUGCCAGCUCAAGAAAGACCAACGAAAAAUGCUUCUGGUGGAAACUAGGAAGGCUGCGGAGCAGGUGAUACAAGAGGCCCUGAACCAGCUUGAAGAGCCCGCUCUCAUCAGCUGCGCUGGGUCUGCAGAUCACCUUCUCUCCACGGUCAAGUCUGUUUUCAGCUGCAUUGAGCAACUGGAAAAAAGCCGGAGCCAGUAUCUGGCCUGCCCAGAAGAUAUCAGUGGGCUUCUCCAUUCAGUAACCCUGCUUGCCCAUUUGACCAGUGACACCAUCGCUUAUGGUAGCACCACCAGUCUUAGAGCCCCACCAGAGCCUGCUGACUCACUGACAGAGGCCUGUAAACAGUACGGCAGGGAAAUUCUUGUCUACCUGGCCUCCCUGGAUGAAGAGGCCUCCCUGGAGAAUGCAGACAGCACAGCCAUGAGGAACUGCCUCAGCAAGAUCAAGGCCAUUGGCGAGGAGCUCUUGCCCAGGGGCCUGGACAUCAAACAGGAAGAGCUGGGAGACUUGGUAGACAAGGAGAUGGCUGCCACUUCAGCUGCCAUUGAAAUUGCCACAGCCAGAAUUGAGGAGAUACUCAGCAAAUCCCGAGCAGGAGACACAGGAGUCAAAUUGGAAGUGAAUGAAAGGAUCCUUGGUUCCUGUACCAGCCUAAUGCAAGCUAUUCAAGUGCUGAUUGUGGCCUCAAAGGACCUCCAGAGAGAGAUUGUGGAGAGCGGCAGGGGUACAGCAUCCCCUAAAGAGUUUUAUGCCAAGAACUCUCGGUGGACAGAAGGACUCAUCUCAGCCUCCAAAGCUGUGGGCUGGGGAGCCACUGUCAUGGUGGAUGCAGCUGAUCUGGUGGUCCAGGGCAGAGGGAAAUUUGAGGAGUUAAUGGUGUGUUCACAUGAAAUUGCUGCUAGCACAGCCCAGCUUGUGGCUGCAUCCAAGGUAAAAGCUGAUAAGGACAGCCCCAACCUGGCCCAGCUGCAGCAGGCCUCUCGGGGAGUGAACCAGGCCACUGCUGGGGUUGUGGCCUCAACCAUUUCUGGCAAAUCACAGAUUGAGGAGACAGACAAUAUGGACUUCUCAAGCAUGACACUGACCCAGAUCAAACGCCAAGAGAUGGAUUCCCAGGUUAGGGUGCUGGAGUUAGAAAAUGAAUUGCAGAAGGAGCGACAAAAACUGGGAGAACUUCGGAAAAAGCACUAUGAGCUUGCUGGUGUUGCUGAGGGCUGGGAAGAAGGAACAGAAGUGUCUCCACCUGCACUGCAAGAAGCGGUAACCGAAAAAGAAUAGAGCCAAACUGACACCCAUGCGUCAGAGUGUAAAUCAUUGUUACCCAUCUAUGUGUUUGUUAUUUCCCCAGCCACAGACCAAAUCUGUGAAGUCCCCAUGGCAGCCCUGCCACUCCCACUGCCCAGCUGAGGACCUGCAUGAUCCUUCUAAAGACUCCCUCUACAGUGACACCCUUUCUGUUUAAACCCACGGUCUCUGUUCUUCCCCUGCCUCCCUAGUAUCCAGGCCACUCCUGAGCAAUCUCAGGUCCAAAGAGGAGAGGGACAGACCAUGUACCAGGGAGGUCUACCUACUUUUGACCUCCACACGAUUGGUGUCCUUAUUAGAGGGGCUUCUUGGUGUCGUCAAGAGCUUGGAGAAGGACGGUCUUAAGCAUUUUCUUUUCUGUUUUCUUCUCAGUCUUUUCAGUUUCAUCAUUUGCACAAACUUGUGAGCAUCAGAGGGCUGGUGGCUUCCAAACCAGGACACUAGCCUGCAUCUGCAGUCAGAAGAACAGCAGGAGUGUCCUGUCCGAGACUGCCAAGGCAAUGCUACCCCUCUUUUGGCAGUUCCUGGAUUCCCACUGCUUCUUAUGGUGGUCAGUUGGGUUUUAGGUUUUUUUUUUUUUAAUCUCACUCACAUAGCCAACUCUCCCAAAGGGCACAUCCCUGGAGCUCUGUGUUACCUGGGGCCCAGCCCCACAGCAGUUCUAGCAACGGUGCUGCUCCGGUUUCACCUUGGUGCUCCUCCUCCACCUCCUGCUGAUCGAGGCCUGGUGAGCCCAGGCUGGGCUCUGGGGCCAGCAGAGCUGCCCAGUAACAGCUUUUCCUCAGAAGGCAGCAGCAGAGCGAGUGCCUUUCCUCCCUAACGCUGGGCUCCCGCUGAAAGCCUCUGUCUACCUUCACAAGUGAGAGGACUGCAGAAAGAGGGAAAGGAGGACUACACACAGCGCAUAGGGGACACCUUUCUUAGGAAUUUCUGUGACCAGGCUCAAAAACCUUAACUUAUGCUCAAACCAAGCUGGUGAGAGUAACAACACUACUUCCCCUGGAAUGAAGUGUCCAUGUCAUGUCAAGUGGGCCACCUCUCUUCCUUCCCAGAUGGGGCCCUGAGAGGAGGGAGUAGGGAAGGGAUCCCCAGCUCCUUUCCCCACAUGUCUGCCUGGGCAUCCUCUUGAAUCUGAAGAAGAUCGUUCCAUGUUCUACCCAGCUGACAGACCCAGAAGGUCAGACAUCCUUGCUCCCAUCAGGAAAGAACCCUGUGUUUGGUUUGGUACCCUUAGUAUUUAUUACUAACCUCCUUUAAGCAGCAGCAGCCUGCAAAAAGAUGCUUGGAGCAGUCAGGACUUCCUGUGCGACUGUGACUGUAUUGCUGCCCCGCUGCAUCAGCCUUCAAGAAGUGGAAGCGAGGCCAAGGGUGCCAUCCCUGGGUUGUUACUGGCUUGGAUCCCAAAGCAAGGAGGUCCCUCAGAACUUGUGGGUCAGGGAAAAUGAGAAAGGGGACUCCUUCCUGAUAGACCUUCCAGGCUUUUGCUGCCUGGCAGACAGGAUGAGGACAGAGGGCACAGGAACAGCCUUCUAGAUAUAGGCAGCUUGCCAGCACUUUUCCACUUCCGGAUGGACCCCCAGCAUCUAAGUGACCUUCUGAUCUCUGAAAAACGUCUUCCUUCUUUAUCUCUAGCAACUCAUUAGUAGUAGCCAAUAAGCACUUCCCAGGACUGGUCCCAAAGGAACAUUGCUAAGUUUUGCUACAUGACGGGUUGUGAGACUUCUGUUUGAUCACUGUGAAUCAACCACCCUCUUCCUACCCCAUCCCUGACUCCCUUUCUCUGCAUUUUCUAAGUGAGGAACUCAAAAAACAAUCUCCCAGGAACCCAGAUGGCCAUACUCAGUCAGACAUAUGACCUCCAUACUAGAUUAAGGAGAUGUCAGCAGUAAAAACCAGGCAGUCUUAGGUUUAGUGCCACUUUGUGCUUAGCUUUCUUCCAUCCCAUGGCUCAGAAGGAGUGGUGUGUGGCAUCUCUGUCCCAUUUGUGCCAAUUAAACCAAUCAGUGUGUUCUCAGUGUGGGUCAGCACUUUCAAAAGUGGCUGGUCUUCACUUCUAGAGUCAAGUGUAGCGCAUUGGACCAGAUUAAGAUUUCUGAAUAACACUCCUCUUAAAAGGAAGCCACCAUAACUUUAAAAACCUUCCUGGACUUAGCCUAAGUAAUAAAACAGUUAAGAAAGCACUUAAAUAGGAACACAGGCUAAUUCAGUGUCACAUGAGGAAAUACCUGUCAGAUGUGGUAUAAUUACUUUUAUAAUAGCUCAAAUUAGAAAUUAUUCCAUUCUCCAACCAAAGUCAAAUUGUCCUAAAUUGUCUUUGGCUCUUCUAAAAAUGAGUGUGUUAUACUUAUGAUUAAAACAGAAAUCACAUCUUAAAGCUAAAAAUGCACCUCACAGCUUUUUAAAUGAGUCACUGAGCAUCAUUAGUGACCCAUGUCUUGAGUAAUGGGUCAUGACAAGACAUGAUGGCAGCAAAUGGCUUAGGGUUACAAUGAGGCUGAAAUUCAGUUGCAUCUGUUAGAGUGCUCUAAUACCUCUGGAAUAAGAAUAUUUGUAUACAUAAUGAGGAAAAAAAGACCUUCCUUUGUGGGGGAGAUUUCCUAUCUGAGCAAGGAGUUUAAAUUAGACUAUAAUUUAGAUUUUUUGCCAAUUUUUCUGCCUACAGCAGUAUCCUAGGAGCGCACCUGAGUGUGAGUCCUUAACCCAGUGACUGGAAGAACCAUAUGCUGUCCAGAGCAUCAUUUCUUGGGGUUGUUUUCAGGUACCAGGUCAGACACCAAGGUUUAUACCAAGUAACACAAGGUCACAAGCACAUGUCACUUCAGUUAGGUUAAUUUUCUUUGGCCUCUCACCCCUGAGAAAAAGCUGGUUCUCAGCUAGCACCAGGGAACUUCUCACUUCUUUAUUGGCGCUUUAGAAGGGUCUACUGGCUUCACUUCACCCUGGUCUUUAAUAACAAGUAAAUGUCUUGCUAUCUUCUACCACCUUUCCAAAUCUCUGGAAAUCCUUCCUGCCAAUGAAAGCCUUCAGUCCCAACUUUGGCCUUCCGAGCAGACUGGCUUUGCCCUCUUUCUGCCAUCCUUGGUUCUCUAGACUGCACUGCCUGCAGCAUAGAAAACCACCCUCAUGGGCCUGCCAGCCAUCAAUGCAGCAAACCAGGCUAGCUAUUUGCUGCUCAAUUCCUUCUCCCAGGUCCAUACCAAAUACAGGAUCAGCAACACAGUGGUCACACCACACCUAGGAGCCAAAGCAAGGAAAAUAAUUGGUUAGAUGCUGUUGGGCCCAAUUCUGAGAGCAGAUUUUUCCAGACAUGUCUUUCAGGUGACCCUCAACUACCUCAGGUUUGAAAGCCCUAAAUUAAGCUGAUUACCACUCAUAGGGACAAACCGAGGGGGUUCAGUUAAAAUCUUGGUGAUAAUGCAAUUGUCUCAAACUUAGAACAAAUUCUUUCACAUUGAGAUUUGCAGGGAUAGGGUUAGGUUUAUUUUGUCUUUGUUUUUAACCUGUCCCCUAAUUUUUCAUUAGGAUAGUUCCUAUAAGUGAAUUUCAUUUUUCACUGAGUGCCUACCUUCCCAGUGCAGGUAGCCACUGGCUUUGGUUUCCUUCCAACAAAACUUCUAUUAUGGUAUUAAGACUUUUCUUUGUAUAAUAUAUUGCAUCUGUUUUCAGUUUUUCAAAUAAAUAUUUCAGCCUGGCAA